AUGUGGAUCUUUGAUUGGUUUCAAGAUAUAUUAGCCUCAUUGGGGUUAUGGAACAAGCAUGCCAAAUUGUUAUUUCUCGGCUUGGAUAACGCUGGUAAAACAACUUUACUACACAUGUUGAAAAACGAUAGAUUGGCCACUUUACAGCCAACUUUGCAUCCUACCUCGGAAGAAUUGGCCAUUGGGUCAGUUAGGUUUACAACAUUUGACUUGGGUGGACACCAGCAGGCAAGAAGGUUAUGGAAGGACUAUUUCCCCGAGGUAAAUGGUAUUGUUUUCUUAGUUGAUGCUGCUGAUCCCGAAAGAUUUGCUGAGUCCAAAGCAGAGUUGGAAAGUUUGUUCAGAAUCGAAGAGUUAAGUCAAGUGCCAUUUGUAAUUUUGGGUAAUAAGAUAGAUGUGCCUACUGCAGUUGGCGAAAUGGAAUUGAAAAACGCUUUAGGUUUGUACAAUACCACUGGUAAAGAUACAGGCAAAUUACCAGAAGGAACUAGACCAAUUGAAGUGUUUAUGGUCUCUGUUGUUAUGAGAUCCGGGUACGGAGAAGCCUUUAAAUGGUUGUCACAAUAUAUUUGA